AUGUUAUCUACAAAGGGAUACAUGUCUGUUCUCAAAGAAGAAGAUUUUAAUGAAAUCCUGACACAAAUAAAAAAUAUAAAGAAUUUAUUCAUGGUCUUAUUAAGUGUUUGGAAGGCAAAGAAAAUGUUCAUAGAAUGUAUUAAGGUCAUAGAUGAGAAGUUGCCAGAUUUAACUGAAGAGGAAUUCAUAUAA